UAAGCUAUGCAGACCCAGAACCGACAGCGUCCCGCUGAUCUCAUCGGUUAACGGACUAAAGAAAGGAUGAGGGCUUGAGAAAACACCGUAUCGUUACCGAAUACCGUGACGGAAGUGUAAUGCAACAGUGAAGAUAUCUUGUCGCUCUCGCCAUGCGGAUGGCGCGUUAGGUGAAACUGUAAGCUAAUGUAUGUCCGGUCAGCUGUUUUUAUUCACCGAGAGACAGCAGCAUCACCGGGACGUGUGCACGAGACCACAGACUAGCCUAUACCGGCGAUCCGGACCCCCACAAACGGGCAGGACUAACGGAGAGGAGGACGCAGAGAGAGAAAAUAAGAGUGUGAGAGAGAGAGAUGGAGUUUAAGCAGCUGGUGGAGGUGGCGGAGAAGUGGUGUUCGUCGGUUCCGUUCGAUCUGAUCUUCGCGGAGGAGGAUGAUGAGAGAAGACUGGACUUCUACGCAGAACCGGGAAUCUCUUUCUAUGUCCUUUGUCCGGAUAACAUGACGGGAGGGAUUGAGCAUUUCCAUGUAUGGAGUGAGAGUGAGGACUGCCUGCCAUUCCUCCAGGUAGCUCAGGACUACAUCACUUCCUGUGGAAAGAAAACACUUCUAGAGGUCCUGGACAAAGUGUUCACUUCCUUUAGACCUUUGCUGGGUCUACCGGACAUAGAUGAUGAGACGUUUGAGCAGUACCAUGCAGGCAUGGAGGAGGAACCAGAGGCAGACCACCAGCAAAUGGGAGUCAGCCAGCAGUGAUGCCCACAGAUGAGGUGUCCAGUAGGGCUACAAUAACUACCCAUUCCCCUGGUCUCAUCACCUACAACAACACACAGGCCCAACGCCCCUGUAGCGACGAUAAACAGUCAUAAUGUAUACUCACACACACACACACACACACAGGACAGCCUGCUUCUCAAAAGCUUUGCUCCCCAGAUUGUGCACUCCCCCCCCCCCCCCCCCCCCCACACACACAGACACACACUAGAGGUUGACCGAUUAAUCGGAAUGGUUUCAAGUUUUCAUAACAAUCAGAAAUCUGUAUUUUUGGGCGCCGAUUUGCCAAUUUAAAAAAUAUAUAUUUUAUUUAUUUAUAUAUACCUUAAUUUAACUAGGCAAGUCAGUUAAGAACACAUUCUUAUUUUCAAUGACGGCCUAGGAACAGUGGGUUAACUGCCUCGUGUCCUGCGUUGCAUAUAACGCAGGACGUAACCGGUGUAACCGAAGUGAAAUGGCUAGCUAGUUAGCGGGGUGCGCCAUAAUAGCGUUUCAAACGUCACUCGGUCUGAGCCUACGGAAGCUAUACUGUUACACUGUCAAUACUAAAGUGCCUAUAAGAACAUCCAAUAGUCAAAGGUUAAUGAAAUACAAAUGGAUUAGAGGGAAAUAGUCCUAUAAUAACUACAACCUAAAACUUCUUACCUGGGAAUAUUGAAGACAUGUUAAAAGGAACCACCAGCUUUCAUGUGUUCUCAUGUUCUGAACAAGGAACUUAAACGUUAGCUUUUUUACAUGGCACAUAUUGCACUUUUACUUUCUUCAACACUUUGUUUUUGCAUUAUUUAAACCAAAUUGAACAUGUUACAUUAUUUACUUGAGGCUAAAUUGAUUUUGUUGAUGUAUUAUAUUAAGUUAAAAUAAGUGUUCAUUCAGUAUUGUUGUAAUUGUCAUUAUCACAAAUACAUUUUUCUAAAUCGGCCGAUUAGUCAGUAUCGGCUUUUUUUUGGUCCUCCAAUAAUCGGUAUCGGCGUUGAAAAAUCAUAAUCAGUCGACCUCUAACACACAAACGCGCACACACAGCCUUGCCCCAGCCGUGCCCCAGCCGUGCCCCAGCCGUGCCCCAACCGUGCCCCAGCCGUGCCCCAGCCGUGCCCCAGCCGUGCCCCAGCCGUGCCCCAACCGUGCCCCAGCCGUGCCCCAGCCGUGCCACAGCCGUGCCCCAGCCGUGCCCCAGCCGUGCCCCAGCCGUGCCACAGCCGUGCCCCAGCCGUGCCCCAGCCGUGCCACAGCCGUGCCCCAGCCGUGCCCCAGCCGUGCCCCAGCCGUGCCCCAACCGUGCCCCAGCCGUGCCCCAGCCGUGCCCCAGCCGUGCCACAGCCGUGCCCCAGCCGUGCCCCAGCCGUGCCACAGCCGUGCCACAGCCUUGCCAUAGAACUAGACUAUUAUGACUAAUCACAACAGACAGCAGUUAUACAUAUAGUAGACUACAACAUGACUAGAGUUACUAUUACUAACCACCUGCAGGCUGGUUCUAGCAUGGUAAAUAUAUCACUCCCCAAGCCGGCUCAGCA